CAACAACACCACUACUACCACCACCAACACCACCACUACCACGAACACCACCACCACCAACUCACGGUGGUGACCCAGAGAGAAGGAGAAGAAGGCCAAUGCGAUGAGAGAGAGAGACGCGCGAGACGAGGGGAGGACAUCACUGAGAUCUCAGAGCGAGCGAGCGAGCGAGUCGCGCACUCUGAGGAGCCAACGCAGUCGCCGCCACUGGCCGCAGACCGCGUCGCAGCGACUUUGAGUGUCGGUAGCGACCUCAGUGGAGGACACUGAGGUGACAACCCGAGCACCACCACCACGUGUGUGGGUCCCCGCAGACAGCCACUGCAAUAAGCGACCACGAUGCCACCAAUAAGGAAGACGGAAGCAGCAGCAGCAGUACCCGGCUGGCUUCAGCAGAGGGGCGGUUCGCUGGCUCGUGUGGAUGAGCGCGACGACGAGGUGGAUGGAGAUGAGGCCGAGCCAGAGCCACACGAGACAGGGGUCCCCAAGGCUCGUGACGAGGACCGCUUCGAGGCGCUGUCUCAGGAGACGGUGUCGGCCCUCGCGCUCACCCGCGGCUGCGUGGCCGAGCUCAUGGACUUUAAGGAUGUGCUGCUCCAGCACUCUCUUCCCGGGGCCCUGCGCGCGAGGCUUCUCCUGCUCAUGUCUCGCCUACACCGCAGUGUCUCAGACGUACAGGUGCCCGCCGGGGAACUGUCCCGUCUCACGCUGGUCUACUCGUCUCACUGGCACCGGCAGAGCGAGGCCUUGAGGACCCUACACGAGCACUGCCAGAUGAAACAGAGGCUUCUGGAUGUCGCCAUGAGGCGGUUGCAGCUGCUGCACGAGCAGGUGAGAAGAGUUGCAGAGGAGAGAAAGCUGCUUCGCUGGGAGAAGAUGUUCAUGAAAAUGACGGCAACUGAAGUUCUUGGAGCAAAGUGGCCGAAUAUGAUGGCGUCUUUCAUGGAGGAAGCGACCCAGAGGGGAGACGUUCGUGGUGUUCAUAAAACCUCCUGCGAAGGCUUCAGUAAAGGCAACAGUGAUGAAGACGUGGAUGUUGAUGAUGAUGAUGACGACGAAGACGAUGGCGAUGAUCAAGACAUGUUUAUGCCAACUGAGCGACACUGGAGGAAGCGACCAGCUCCCAUGUCCAUGGCGCCUCAUAGACGGGAGUUCGGCACUCAGACUGACGCCACCGCACAGACAGACACUGACGCCCAGGCAGACACGAUCACGCAGACGAACGCAGACACCCAAACGGAUGCGCGCGCGCAGACGGACACGCACACGCAAACGCAAACGGGUGCCCAGGGAGACGCUGGCACACAGACGAAAACCGCCGCUCAGUCGGACGGAGUCUCCCAGACGGACAGAAUCUCCCACAUAGACACCGGCGUCCAGACGGACACCGACGUGGUGGACGAGGAAUAUGUCACUCGGCCAGACCCAACCGGCCAGGCGGAUGGAACCCUGCUGCUGGAGAACGUCACGUGCAUGGACGCCGCCAGCCAGACCGAGGCUCCAGCAGAGGGGAGCUUGGAACUAAGAGCCGAGGAGACGUGCAACACCUCCAGACUCCCGACACCCAAACCCCGAUCCACGGAGGAGACGGUGGAGGGGAGCGAGAGGAAGCCUCAGGCCGACGCGUGGGCGAGGAGGCGGUGCGGGGGCGAGCAGCGCGGCGGGGGGCGACGUUCGGGUCGGCUCCUCGCGGACCGUCGCUCCGAGGAGGCGGCGCGCAUCGAGGGCAUCCUGGCGGCCCACGGGAGACUCGCCCCGGUGCCACGCGACCCCUGGGAUCUGUGCCGCGGUGCCGCGUUCUUCCCCUCCCCAGCGCGGCCACCUCGACCCCGGCCACGACCCCAGCCGCCUCCCUCUCCCUUCCACCUGCCACCCCUGCACGCGACUCCCCAGAAGCUGGUGUUCAUGGAAUUUCUGGGCAAGCGGGGACCUGAGACGCACUCUGAACCCGGGGCCAGCGCCGGCGACGCAGCCACGUCCACAGAGGCCACCCACGUGGAAAGUCCACCGUGGAAAGGGACCGGCGAAGGGAGGCCCACGUCUAACUAAAGACCGGGGAGGAGUGACCCACCACCAACCCGAGGGACUGUUUCACGUGGAGAUGGCAUGCUCGGCAAGACAAGGCUAACCACCAGAAGGUCAGGAGUGGAGAUUUCAGGUUGAAUGGAAAAUGUUAUUAAAUAAAGUCAAUUUGAAAUGUUUUACACAGGAAAGUCUUAAGUGAUUUUGGUUACGUUUAACCCCUACGUUUCUUUGCUGGUGUGCGAGUCAUUGAUCAGACCAAAGGAAAUCCCAAAUUCUUUAAAAAAUUAUCCCGUUAGAGAAGUUUCAGAACGCGCAUGAGUAGGCGGUCAGACAUGCAGGUUUACCCUGCCUCCCACAAGCAACUGCCUAGCUGUCCAACAAAUAUGCACAUCGCACACAACUGUGGUUCUGUUCAACCUCGGAUAACUUUCAAAUUGAGGCUACAAACGCCGUGUCGGGUUUUCCAGUGAGAGUGGAUGGACUAACUGGAACAGCAAUGUGGCUUCAUCAUUGGCACUCUCCACGAGAGAGCCUAUGCAGCUUCCUAGGACCUUAGAGCACAAGUAUCAUGAGUGGGAUUAGAAAAGGCCAGAACGAUGAUGGUAAUGGUGACGAUAGUUAUAAUGGGUGAUGAUUUUAUUUGUGUAUGGCAAUGUUUUCCAGAGCGGUAGCCUUUUCGCAGCCCACCUGUUACGUGUUUUCAUGUUAACUUAAAACACAAUACCGUCAUCGACACGAAAUAGACGUCGUCAAUUAUAGUAAUGGUUAUGAUGAUUGAAGUGAUGAUAAUGUGAUGAGGGACACCGGGUAGACUCGGACCGGCACCUGAACUCGCACCCAGCCUCUGCAGGCUGAGCUUUUCAGUACUUCGCACCUCAUGGCGCGCACAAACGCAAGGAAACGGAGGAAAGAGACGACAGCACAGGCGCGUUUGGUUUUGGUUACAGGACUAUUACAAGGUUUAUUCAUGUAAUGUGGCAAGACGGCAGGGGGACACAGCGCCUUCUCACUUAUAUCUUUGAAAUGAAUAAACAAUUUUAACUACGUUUUAACUUCAUCGUAUGGUACAUGGUAGUGUACAUAACUGCUUUAUCUACAUACGCGACUACAGUUUUUCGCUUUGAUGGUUGUUUCCAUUUCCUUUAGUUUUCAUCGGAAAUAUAAUGCUUAUGGUAAUAAUUACAUACUUGGAGACAUUACAAAAAAUUAACAAUAAUUAAUCAUUACGGUUGUGUGCGGGAGGGGGUGGGGAAACACUGAUUGCGCAGCCGACGCACAAUUAAUGCACAUGAUUUAAUCGUACAGCACAGCGAAGGCACUUAAAAUGUCUGCGGAGGAAUGAAUGAAUGCAUUAAAAGGUGUGCUCCGAUGUGGGGCCGUCGUGCGCGUAGGAAGUGACAUUGGUCAAGUUUUUAUUCAUACCCCACCACACACCUUUUUCGGAAUCCGAGACUCAGUCCAUCAAAAAGCACUUGCAGUGAACACACUGGCACCGCAAACAGCCUUCCAUAAUUACAGCGAUCCAUGAUCGAGCUUGAUUGACAGGCAGGUUACCUGUUGCGAUCACGCAACAACACUCCGGCCAGGUGUGCAGCAGCAGCAGAUGAGGCGUUUGGCGUACCGGAGCUGACCACCGUUUUGACAGCGAGCCCUUUACUCUCUCUCUCUAUAGUACCUCGAAUAGUAGUGAAGAAAAUAAAACCAGAACCGCUCAUUUACAUUCGUAUCUGUAAUGCUCUUAAGUUACCUUAAUUGUUUUUUACAUCGCCAUACCCUCUUCCAAACAAUUCGGCACGUCGCACGUUUAGUCUGAAUGUUUGCAGCAGAAUUGCGAAUGGGCAAACAAAAACACUCGCACGUGCAUUUCUCAUUUAAUCUGCAACACUUGGAAGAAUUCACUUCAUUAUUAUACAAUACCUGCCGCCCAUUAUCAUUUGGCACAAAUGACCCGAUCAACACUGGUCCCAACUCAACCCUAACCUGAAACCCAAGCCCAGUCGCGUACCGAUCACCAAUGUCGUAAAAACAGUCGUAACAACGGUAUGUAGGCAGGGACAACAUUCGUCACGGAUGAUGUAUGGCAUCGUAAUUCAGGACAGUUUGUACCACACUGCAACACCACUACAAGACGAUGAGAAACAAUGACUUCUGUUUGUUUAGCUGACCAGCAAUAGGCUGAUAAGAGAUUAUGGCUAAUUUCAGGAUUAUGGGUCAGGAUUAUCGUUAAGUGUUCGGGCUACAGUAUGGGAAAGUAAAGUUAAAAGAGGCUUGGGCUGAUUCUGGGGCUAGGACUAGCGUCAUAAUUAUUGUCCACCACUUACAUAAUGCAUUUAUCCAGACUCGCCGAGUUUCGGGAGUGUCCUUGCACGACAAUUCGUCAAUCCAUCGUGAAGGAAUUGAGUGUCAGGAUUGUUGGGUGGCUCAUGAUGGCAAUGUUUAAGUCCUGAGCCAGAAUCCACCGAUAGCAAUGUUUCACGAUUUCAGGCACAACAUCAGUGACUUCCAUGAAAAAAACACAAACCUGUUUUUUUCAUACAAAUGCUUACAGAGGGUUAAAGCUUAUGAAUAUAUCCGAUGAUUGGCAUGUGACAACACGUUGUCCAGAGAGCGUGAAGGCACGUCGUCUAACCCAGUAGAACCGUGGAGUCAUCUUCCGGAUCACUCAGGACUAGCGACUUGACGAGGUUUCUUCGCUUCAUGAUACGAUUGAUUUCAGACUGGCAUCAACGGGAGACAUGAUCUAUCCACUGCUGGAUGAAGGCCUCUGUAAGCCGUCACCCAUCCUGCAGUGCCACAAUCAGAAAUAAAAAAAAGGUUUCCCUCUUCAACUAAAUGUGGCGAUGCUCGUGUCCUUUAGAAGCUGUGGGCCAGUGAUAUUCCACAUUCCCAUGACAGACCACUAUUCUCAACGAGCAUAACCACUGUUGUUUCCCACAAAGGUGCUUAUAUUGACCCCAAUAAGGUGAGUGGGCCACCAAGGGAGAUUUGGACACUGGUGAUUAUAAAUCAGCUGGGACGUAUGGAAGGUAAGAGGGCUUGACAACCUGGGUUAGAAUUCAGGUUUCAGCCACCUGUGAUAAAACCAGACUUUCAAGCGUCGUGAGUGGAUGGCCUUAGCUCAGCCACCAUUGACCGUACGCACCAAAACUUAACAAGUAGAUUUUUCACUUAAUUCGACAUUCUGGAUGAGGCCUAAAACACAUUUUUUGUGUGAUUGGCAUGAGAUGCAUACUUAAUCAACAGGGCAUGUGAGAGGACACCACUCAUGAUAUUUGAAGGGACAUUAGUAAAUCUGUGAUGUCCCCUUCGUAGGGCGUAGCGCAGUACUUCACGAGAACUAAGAAUGGACAUGUUUUCAUCCCAUGACAAUGUGAUUACAACAGCACAAUCGCAACACAACUGGGAUAUUUCAUAAUCAUUCGGCAUUCAAGACCCGUUUAAAAUUUCAGCAAAUUUGGCCCGCUGCAUCGCCAACAAUUUCCUCCAGACAGUCUCGUCCCUUCACCUGAUGAAGGCCACUUGUGUUGUGGCCGAAACGUCGUGAGAAUUUAAUUGUGUUAUUUUUAAUUUAUUAUUUUAUUCUCAUUCUACGUGACUUUACCGAAAGAACCAAAGAAGAUGAAUCCUUGCAGUCACGAAAGCUUUAAAUUGAAACAAUUUCCAAGCAAGAACCUUCAGAAGUUCGUAUUUUGGGAUGCUAUUGUGCGGGAUUAUGGUGUGGGAGACAUCAAUGCCAGGGUCAGUGGAACAGCAGUUUUGUUUUGUGGUGUCUGUGUGGAGUAACUGUCCAACCCCAAAACAGCCUCGUUAACUAUUUUGUUAGCCAGCUUUGUGUGAGAAAAACACCAUCACAAAUUCUAAUGAAGUCACUUCGUUAAAAAAAUCUACCAGCUAGCCCUGCAGCCCGGCUUGGGCGGAUUGCUUUUAAAAGUAAAUUUCUCUUCCAAAGGAAUAACCUGCAUUGACUGUAUAAUUAUUUUGCUAGGGGUGUGUCAGCCCCUGGCAAUUCAAUGUAUUGUCGAUUUAUAUUUGCCAUGAUUCAAUAAACAAUGCUCUUUUUAACACUCCCGUAAAUGCAACGGCAUUUAGUGUCUGCAAGGGUCAUUAUGAACUCUAAGUGAAAAUAAAAAAUAUCAAUUUUUACACGAGUCGAUGAAUGUACUUUAAGCUUUGAAAAAAAAAAGAUUUAAUGAAUUGAUUCACCCUCACCCACAAUGAAGGCUCCCCACCCCACCUGAUGAAGGUUGUGCGCGCGCCGAAAGCAGUUUGGCAAGUCAUGGCAAUACAGUAAACGCUGACCAGUCUGGACUUAGAGAACAUCAAUUAACAUACCGUGAUUAUAUCAACACAAAAUGCUUUAAGGGAAGCUCACCCAACGCUCUUUGAGGUCUGUCAACUUAGAGUCAGUUUAGUGUUUUCUCUCUUUAUUCUUUAAAUACUCUUGAUGUCUAUGAAACAUGAGAAUUAAAACCUUCACACGCUUUGGGACCGCUAGUACCGUACCUCUGUUCGCGAGCGUUCCAACAUUUGACCGCGCAAGGCAAAUGCACCGUACCGCCAAGCACCAUGGCACUUGUUAAACCGAAAGCAUGGAGCUGAGAAAACAAGCAGGGACAAGCGUACACCGGUACGAAGACGACGUCAAAACAAAAAAAA